AUGAAUGCUAAAAAGAUUCCAACCAAUCAGCGUGAGGCUUCACCGUCGGUUUGGCAGCUGCAAAAUCCCCUAUUGGGUGAGAGUCACAGUGCCUUCAUUGACCUUCGAAAACCACCACCACCGCCGCCACCACCUCCUCCACCACCACCACCACCACCUCCACCAGUAAUGAGCUCUGCUGUUGUGGUCACCGACACCAUCACCGCCGCUGACACCAUGGCUAGCACUGCGGCGAAUCUCGUUGCAGCUCUCAAGGUGACCACAUCAUCGGUGGGCGUGUCGGGGCACCCAGCACCUCCUCCACCCCCUAAAAGAUCUCCUCAAACGGUUUUAACGGGGAAAUUCGAAGAUGGGGCUUCUGUGCUGAAAGGCAAUGCUUCUCAAGUAUCUCCAAUUCCAUCAUUGCCUCCAGCACCUCCACCGCCACCUCCGACUAAGGAAGCUUCUGUGGUGAUGCUCACUCCUCGGAGUACUAUUUUGCCAUCCCAUCCACGCGUAGAUCCCUCCUCUUCCCACUCUAACGAAACUGGUUCCAUAGAUGAGGCCUCCGUUCUUCACAUGACCGAUCUCUUGACACGAAAGCAUGCUUCCGACAGUGUGCGUGAGUACCUCCUUUCAGCAGCGGCAGAGAUGGAGCACGAGAGGGAACGGAGAUUACAAGCAGCUGCAGUGAAUGUGGUGGCAUUCAGGCGGAGAGUGCCUGCGGUUCAAAGACACCCAUUAUUUGAAGCAACUAGAGCAUCAACAAUGGGGACAUCCGCCUCGUCUUCAGGAAAUACAAUUGAGAGACCGACAUCAGCUGUAGUUCCCAAGGUCUUACCGGCGGAGGAGGAAAUUACGAUUCGCCUGAUAAAAGCUGCCGCCGGUUUGGGAUUCAGUUUGACAACACGAGAGGUGUUUUUGGGCGUCUACUCAACUGAUCACCCAUCUCCAGGCAAAACCCAGCUUCAACAGUCCACAUCGAAGGCUCAACAACAAACUGUCCAUCUAACGCCAAUCUAUGGAAGGGCGGUUUGCGUAAAAAGCAUUAUUCCUGGCGGAGUGGCUCUGAAAGACGGUUCCCUACGAGUUGGAGACCGCCUUUUGAAGGUUGAUCGCGAAGACGUGUCAACCAAAUCACAGGCUCAGAUAGUCUCCCUCCUUCGUGUGAAACCCGUCGGUUCUGAAGUUGAACUUGUCGUAAGGCGACCCCAGUGGCUGACUUCUACAACGACGGGGGCGUCAACGUUGAAGAACGUCGACAACGAGCCUACUUAUCGAACUCUCAGUCCUGGUUCGAGUCUAGGCACUUGUAGUUGCAUGUCACCGCACUGUCCAGACUAUGCCCUCCUUCGAGGCCAUCGAAUGGGCAGCGUGGAUGAUUCGCAACUAGGAAGCCAUUCAGAGCGGCUCGAAAAAUGUGUCUAUCUGAAGUUGGACAUUCCCCUUUUGCCCAUGGAAUCACAACCCACUGUGGAGACUGACAUAGGUGGUGUUGGUAGUGGGGUCGCCAUGACAAUUCGAAAUCGUCUGGCAGCUAUGAGAUUGGGCGUCAGUGUGCGUGAGGAUUUGCCCGAAUGGUACCCCAAUUCCACCACGGCAAGCGGAAUUUUUGUCAAGGGACUUAUAGAAGGUGGUGCUGCGCACGCGGAUGGUCGACUGCGUGUGGGUGAUGAGAUACUAGAGGUGAAUGGCAUGUCCUUAGUGAACACUCCCAAUCCUUUGGCUCUCUUACGAGCAGUGCUCAAACAGAUCUCUUCCCUGACACCCCUUAACGCGACUCCGAAUUCCCCUCCCAACUGUCUCAAUGAUCAAAGUGCCGCAUUUCCCGUCGUUCGUCUUCUGAUUGCCCGACGUGUACGACAUAGACGAUCCGCUUCUGGUCACACGAUCGGAUCCAUUUUCGGACUAGAAACCGCUCCUUAUACUGCCUCCGAAGCCGCUGCUCAAGCGGACAUAGAUAGGACCUCUGCCUUACUUCUCUCGUCACCAAAUGACAGUAGUACAGAGGUGCCUUGCCAUGCCCUUCGAAUCUCCGCCGAUGUCCAUGCCACUAAUACAACCGCUACUGCCACCACAACCUCGUCCGUUAUUGAACCGGUUGUUAGGAUCAAUGCUGGUGGUCUUGAAGACACUGCGCCGAGUCCAUCGACCUUAAGAAAAAAGAGGGUAGCCCCUAAUCCCGUCCUAAACGCACCCCCGUUGUCACAGCCUUCGAAAAGUGCCGUUGUGCCACAGAUGAAAAAAACUUCCAAUGAAAAGUGGUGA